AUGUUACAAAAACUUCGUAAUGUGACCACAUCAAUAGCAACAACCAUUACUAACACUAACACUAGUACAAAAUCCGAUUUUAAAAAAGAAAUUAAUAACAAUAGUAUUAAUAAUAGUAGUAGUGAUAAUCAUAAUAGUAGUAACAAGAGUUCAAUAAUAAAAAAGGCAAUGUCAAUGGACUCUUUAAACCAAAAGACAAUAUUCUCUAAUACUAAAAAAAGAAAUAUGAAAAAUGACUAUUUUAAAAGAUAUUCUGAUUCAUACAUGAUUGCUUUAAUUGGUAAACCAAAUGUCGGCAAAUCAACGAUAAUUAGGACUGGUCUUAAUAAUUUAGCACCAAUAACAAAUGUCGGAAAAGAAGAAAGUUUGGUGUAUGAGAUUGAUGUUGAUGAUCAUUCUUAUCCAGCCCAAGUGUUGGAAAUUCAAGAAAAUGAUUUACCAGAUAUUGAUGGAAUUUUAGUUUGUUAUGAUGUGACUUCAAGAGCAUCGAUUGCAAACAUAGCAUGGUUACUAAACGCGUUCAAAGAAUUCCAAGUACCGAUGAUAUUAGUGGCAUGUAAAGCAGAUUGUGAUGAAUCAGAACGUCAAGUUCCUACACAAUAUGGAGUAAAACUUGGUGAUUUAUUUCAUGUUGGAUUUGUUGAGUUGGACACAAGAACUGAAAAUGGAAUACAAAAAAUACAUGAUGUGUUCUCCAUGUUAUUAAGAUUAUCAAUAAGACAUUCAGAACUUCGUCAAAAAAUUUUAGGAAAAGAAAAUCAAAUAAUUGAUUCUUCAUCAGAAUCAAUAUAUUUACCUAGUACAAGUAGUGAUGCUGAAUCAGACCAAAAAUCAUCAACAAGUCGUCAUCAUAGAAGGGCUGCCAGUGACUUAAGUCAUGAAUCAAGAGGAAGAAAAAAAUUAUCUUCUUUGUCAAGAUAUGUCAGUACUAAAUACAAUAAUAGGUUUAACCCAUCUAAAACUAUCGAAAGAAAAUCACGUUCACCUUUAAAAAAAGUUUUGAGCACUGAUAAUGAUGGCCAAAUAUCAUCAUCAAUGAAAAAUCUUUCUCGAUCACUUCCAAGAUCAAUGACAUUCAAAAAUACACCUGCAAUUUCCAUAACACCCCCACAAACACCUCCAACCACUUUAAUAUUACCGCAAAUGUCAUUUUCUCCAAUUCCAAAUACUACAUCAACCACCACCUCACCAAACACAUUUUCUUCAUCACCAAAUAAACAUUUUAAUAAUCCAUCUUCAAAUUCUCAUCGUAAAUCAAUACUACCUUCGUCUAUUUUAUUACAAGUGAAUGAAGCUGAAGAAGAAAGAGAUGAAGUUUCAAUUAGAUCUGGAAAUAGUCGAGUAUCUUGUUGUAGUUACAAUUCAACUUUAAGUUCGAUGAGUGGAAAUAGUGAAAAUUCAUUACUAACUUGGGAAACAUUAUUCAUUGGAAAUGAAUCAUUUGAUAAAAAUUCAAACAAAUGUUCUGGAAGUCGUGGUAAUGGAAUGGCAAUUGAAGAUUUAAUUCAAAGAUUAACAAUUGGUAGUCAAUAUGGAACAGAUGAUAUUAGAGAUAAUAGGAAUACUACACAUGAAAAAAUUUGUAACAUUUUGUAUCAUUGGAUGACACAACAUCCAAAUGACUUGAUACAUCCACAAACAAGAAAUAUGUUACACGAAUUUCUCAAUAUCAUCACGAAUUGCGCACAUCUUUCCUAUUAUGCUAUAAUACUAGAACGUUUAGUAAAUGGUGGCCUAAAAACUAAAGCUUCAAAUAGUGCUAAAAAAGAUAGUGGAUUUGGUGGAUGGAUAUUUAACGGAGAUCAAGAAGGUUAUUUAUCUGAUAUGGUAAUAACUGAUGAGAAGUCAGAUGAAUUACUAUUAUUGUCACUAUCAUCAUUAAUACAAGAAAAAGAACAAGAACAAAAA